AUGAAGUACGACAACGGUGCGUCAAUCCUCGCAACCUCUGUGAUCCUCGAGGUCAUCGUUCUAGUAUGCGUGGGCCUUCGUUUCCACACCCGCAUUUGGAACAAGACGUCCUUCAUUGUAUCCGACUGGCUGUUACGAGCAGCCACGAUAUUCGCAACGGGCCUGACCGUGCUACAAAUCUACGCUGGACAUCCUCGAGACCUCACCGACUCUGUGGUAAGCAUGCUAAUGCGGUGUUUACACGAAGGCGUCUAUAUCAAAGCUUUAGCGGAGCCAUUGAAUGGAAGCAUCGAAGACCAACGAGCCGCCACCGGACGCUUGAACAAAGCAAAACACAUCGAGCUGGCCUACCUCCUCAUGGGUAUGUAUGUAUCCUCACGCUCGGGAUUAUCAAGCUGUCUAUCUGUCUUCUAUACCGGCAUCUCUUUCUUCGCCAAAGUGGUGUUCCGACAUUUUCUGCUUGUCUGGAUGGUUAUAUUGGUAGUUUGGACCGUGGCAUUUGUGCUCGCUGGCUUGGCUCGAAUGCAGGGCGCCCCUGAAGGCGAUAUACGGAACUCCGCAGACUUUCCUCGACCACUGCGGUAGCGCGAUCUCAAGUGGAUGGGCAAUGGUCGGGAGCGAUGUUGCCACCGACUUCACUACACUCGUCAUCCCGAUUCCCGCGGUAAGUCCAGAACCGUCCGUGUGCCUGCCGCGCAAACAGCAAUUGUGUUGAGACCUUUUUUUUCAAGGGGGGGGGUAGGUCUGGUCGUUGCAGGUGCCGUCGCUGAGCAAGGCUCUUGUAGUAUCUAGUUUUCUUGUCGAUGCUGUGUAAGUCGCCUCCCCUGGGAGAACCAUUCGCAUAUCCUGUUUUUUCCGACAAGGAAACGCAUCGCAGAUCGGUCGGAGCAAGGAUCAGGAAAGCCUACAUCUACAUUGCAGCGACAUUCGGCCGUUAACACCGAAGACGCAAUACGUAAAAACCAACUCCUGCAACGACCCUUCAUAUCUAUUUUGCCCCAUUGCUGAAAAAAAAAAACCACAAACCUCAGUAAUUUCCUCAAACCGGUCCCGCAGUAUGAAAACUCUUCCAAGUCCAAUCCGGCAUAGCAUCAUCGCCGCCAACGGACCCAACCCACCCAGCGACCAAUCCUGUCCCGGCUACCUCCAACCAGCAGCAUCAAC